CCAACCGGGGUUUUUAGACGCUGGGGUUUUCGCCAAGCUUUUAGGAUGAUGGCCGCCUCCGCCAUCAACGUCAUCUCAAUCUCAACCUCGUCCUUCUCUCGCUCUCCUCUCAUCUCUCCACCCUCAAUCUCUUCUCUCUCUCGAAACUCCCCCUCUUCUUCAAGAAGAAGACCCAUUAGCUCCCUCGCUCUGAAACCAUCACCAAAUCACCUCAUUUGCAGAGCAGCAGCUGAGUACGUGUUCCCAGACCCAAUUCCUGAAUUUGCUGAAGCUGAGACGGAGAAGUUCAGGACCCAUCUCUUUGAGAAGCUGGCCAAGAAGAAGAAGGAUUUGUUUGGGGAUUCCAUUGAGGAAGUUGUGCGGGUUUGCGCAGAGAUUUUGAACAAUUUCUUGCACACAGAGUAUGGUGGACCGGGGACACUCUUAGUAAUUCCCUUCAUCGACAUGGCAGAUAUAUUGAACGAAAGGGGACUUCCCGGGGGUCCUCAAGCUGCUCGAGCUGCAGUUGUAUGGGCUCAGAAGCAUGUCGACAAGGACUGGCAAGAAUGGACAAGACGGGAAGAAGGCAAACAAUGAGCCAGGCAGGAGUUAACGUAAAGUAGGCCUGUCGAUAUGCCUGCUAGAAUCAUGAGUAUCGAAAACUACAUAAUGAAAACUGCUAUGUGAAUGAGAAUGUAACGAUAAUAGAUUUAUGCAAGUUUGUAAAAGCUUUGUAACUUCAAACUUAUGAAUUUUAAUCAAGUGAGAUUGUUUGUCUUCUGCAAA